UCUUCACCCUUCACACAAACAACCAUCAAACUUUCACAAUGGGCGAACCAGGUUUUAAAGUUUAUGUUGGAAAUCUUCCCUAUUCGUUCGUGGACAGAGACCUAGAAGACUUAUUUAAGAACUACCAGAUUGUAGGAGCUGAAGUUAUCUACGAAAGAGAUGCACCUGACCGAUCCAGGGGGUUUGGGUUUGUAUCAUUGAAAAAUGAAGAUGAUAUCCAAGCAGCGUGCAACGAACUUGAUGACAUGGAAGUUGAAAACAGAAAAAUCAAAGUAGCUAAAGCCAAGAGCAAGGAAGGCGGUGGCGGAGGUGGAGGUGGACGAAGAAGAGAUGACUUUAGAAGUGGCGGCGGUGGUGGACGGGGAAGAGGUUAUGGACAGAGGAGAUAUGAUGGUGGUGGUGGAUAUCGUAGAGGUGGUGGUGGUGGUGGUAGAUACGAAGGUGGUGGUGGUGGUGGUAGGUAUGGAGGUGGUGGUGGUUAUGGAGGUGGUGGUGGUGGUUAUGGAGGUGGAGGCGGUUAUAGUAGUGGUGGUGGUGGCUACGGCGGUGGUGGUAGUGGUGGUUAUGGUGGCAGCGGUGGUGGGUACGACAAUUACUCAGACGGCACCAGUUCUGCUUACGUAAUCAGGAAAGUUAUCAACUUCCCAUAUCAGAGUAGCCCUGGGAACGAGGUUGCCAACUACGCAUGUCUUUCCAAAUCACGUGAUGUCGAGAGUGUUCCGCUGAUUAACUUACACGCGGGAGUCCUCCACAAACGCAAAAUGGCUGAAAACGAGCAUAAAAUUUAUGUCGGAAAUCUUCCCUACUCCAUCGGUAAUGACGAACUUGCAGACUUAUUUCAAAAGUUUAAACCUGUUUCAGCUGAUGUUAUCACAGACAGAGACACUGGAAGAUCCAAAGGAUUUGGAUUUGUUGUUUUAAACUCGCAAGAUGAUGUCAAAGAUGCGUGCGAUGAAAUGAAUGGAUAUGAAUGUAAUGAUCGCACUCUAAAAGUCUCUGUGGCAAACAGUAGAAGAGAAGGUGGUGGUGGUGGUGGUUUUAGAAGUGGAGGUGGUGGAGGAUUUAGAGGCCGUGGUGGUGGUCGAGGAAGAGGUUAUAAUGAUCGGCGGUAUGAUGGUGGUGGUGGUCGUAGAGGUGGCGGUGGUGGUAGGUAUGGUGGUAGUGGUGGUGGCGGGUAUGGCGGUGGAGGGAGUUAUAGUAGUGGUGGUGGUGGUGGUGGAAGUUACUACGACAGUAAUUAUUCAGGCGAUCGUGACUGGUAGAAAUUGUUCUCAUGGCCUCUGUACCAGUCUCUCUAACUUUGUAGCUGUUUGAGAAAAUGUCUCUCUGAGUUCCUGUAACUGUACUGUACUAUCAAAGAAAUGUUCCAGUUGGCACAUGCUGUCAUUUCUCUGUAGCUGUGGUCUUCUACAUAUUGGGGAAACAGUCAAAUUAUGACUUGAAAGUAACUGUUUCUUUAUAAUACUAUUAUGAAUCAUUACAGGAAAAUAUUAGUUAUCAGUUUUGUUGCCUUUUAUUCAGUUCCCAACUUGCUGUUAAAAGGUGUUAUUUUUUCAGAAUAUAUGAAAUCUUUUUUGCUGAAGUUUUCUUUGUUUUCUUCUUGUCUGAUUUCCUGGCAGCGGCAUAUUAGUCAAGCUUCUUAAGUCUUUGUUAAAUAUUAUUUUCAAUUCAUAAUUUUGAUUGGCUCUCUAGUAAUUGACCACAUUUACAUAYAAAGGACAGUGAAAUCUUUACCUAUAAUAUUAUGGCUCAUUUAAAGACAAUCCAAGAGGAUAAUGUUUGUGCUUUUAAGCUUCAGAUAAUUAKUAACUGUGAAUCUGUGAUGUUUUCAUUUCAAGCCAUUUCUGUUUAUUUGCUUUGUUGUUAUGGCUGCUUUGAUAAAAGAAACAAAACCCUCAAAAAAGAAACAGAAAUGGCAUGAAAUAAGAAAUAUUGCAAAAAAUAGGUAUGGUCACAAACAGUUUCUGACAACAUUGCUUUUUGCUAUUGAUUGCUAACRUGCUCAUCAUUAAUGAUACUAUCCAUUUUAAAUACCCUCAGCCUCCUUGGCUUGGAGCAAUGUUUUUCAUCCCAUUUCAGACUUUUCUACAUAAGGAGUAGAAUUUUGUUUUUUUCUGCCAUCGAUAUCAAGGUGUCUUCUAAAGUGYUGAUGGAAAACAAUUAUAUUGAGGGGUCUGAAAUAGGACGAACAUUGGCCUUGCUGUAAUGGCCUAAUAAUGCAUCAGUUGAUUUUUAUUACUUUAUAACUUAAAGGUUUGAAUAAAAAAAACCGAAGUAUCAUAUUCGCAUUCCCCAUGUUACUGUCUGGCUUCUAUUCUGCAUUUUGCAACAUUCUUCCACGUUUUAAACCUUGUUCAAUUGGUUUCGUUCAGUUUAACUWUGRUGAAAUGUUAAAUUGGUUCCUUGAGUUACAUCCUGCCAAAGGUGUUUUGUAGAUUUUUAGUCUGUAUAAGAUUUUCCUAAAUAAAAUAAAUAACAUAAUGUACCAUUUAUUAUGCAUAUUUGCAUCAUGUACACGUAAAUCAGGCUGACAACUCAUUAUGUAUUAUGAUACUUCUUGUGUUCUCGAAGAGGUUAAAUGGUUCAAAUCUCAUUUUAUAAUUAUACAUUAGCUUUGGUUCAUCAUUGUAUGUUAUUUUAUAAUAAUGAUAUUGCAUUAAACGUUCUCUGUUGAAAA